AUGUCCUCUGCCGUUGAAUUUGUCCCUCGUCGCAACGAAGACCGUGGACACGCCAACCAUGGAUGGCUUAAGACCUUUCACACCUUCAGCUUUGCAGGGUACCAAGACUAUCGCUUCCAGAAGUGGGGAAGCUUGCGCGUGAUCAAUGAAGACCGCGUCGCUCCAGGUGAAGGGUUCGGGACGCAUGGUCAUAAAGAGUUUGAGAUAUUUAGCUUCCUGGUGAGCGGAGAGCUCGAACACCGCGAUUCUAUGGGCAAUAAGGAGGUUCUGAAGCGCGGGGACAUUCAGCUCACUUCUGCUGGCACGGGAAUCUCCCACAGCGAAAUGCAGCACAAGAAAUCGCCCCUCCCUGUCCACUUCCUUCAAAUUUGGGCAAUUCCUCGAACCUCUGGCCUCCCACCCAAAUACUAUAACCGCCACUUCACCGAUGAGGAGAAGCGUGAUACUCUUGUACCAGUUGUUGCUCCUGUUGGUACCAAGGGUGUCACUGAGGAGCGUGAGGGCUCUGGUCCCGCGCCCGUGCAGAGUAAUCUUCAUCUCUUCUCUACAAUCCUCUCUCCAGGCAAGAAGGUCACCCACAACUUCCUCCAGUCUGCCAACGGCGCCAAGCGCAAGGGCUACCUUCACGUUAUUCAGACAUCGGGGUACAACAAGGGCAAAGCCACAGGUAGCCUUGUCAAGGUGAACAGCGACCUGUUCCUUUCUGAAGGUGACGGUGCUUUUGCACAGGGCCCUCAGGGUGCGCCCAUAACCAUCGAGAACGUUGGCGAUACCGACGCGGAAGUUCUCCUGUUUGAUAUUGAGUAA